AUGGCCACCGCGAUUGAAGAAGGACAGGCCUACCGCGAGGCCAUGUUGCUGGCCGCCGCCGAGGCCGCCAACGCACCGGAAGAAGGCGCGGAACCCACUACGGACGAAGAAGCCGCCGACCGGUUCUCACUCACCACGGUUACGCUGGCGGAACUGGAAAACAUGAUGACACCGACCACACCAACUCAGGAGGGUCCCGCUUUGCCUGCCGUUACCGUCGAACUCAUCAGAAAUCUGCGCGAGCAAACCGGAGCCGGAAUUAGCGAUUGCAAACGGGCCCUGGAAGAUAACGACGGCGACCUCAACAAAGCCGUCGAAUCUCUCCGCCAGAAAGGCUUUGAACAGGCAGCCCGGCGCUCGGACCGGGAAACGUCCCAAGGCUUGGUCGAAGCUUACAUUCACACCGGCGGCCGCGUCGGUGCGCUGGUGCAACUGGGUUGCGAAACCGACUUCGUGGCCCGCACCGAAGAAUUUCGGGUGCUCGCCCACGACAUCGCCAUGCAGGUCGCGGCAAUGUCUCCGGUUUACCUCAGCGAAGAGGAUAUUGAAGCUGGCGACGAACGGCCCGCCGCUCAGGUCUGCCUGUUGCAGCAGCCUUACAUCAAGGACGGCUCCCGUACACUGGCCGAUCUCGUGCGCGAAACCGCGGCGCAAACCGGCGAAAACGUGCGCGUCGUACACUUCAGCCGUCUGGCGCUGGGCGAGUAA